GGUGGAAUCUCCAUUUAAAUGUUCUACUUUCAUUUCAUUGUUUAUCAACACUACCCGGAAGGUAUCGUUGUUAUGGCAUUUAUAUACAACAUUUCUCGGACGAUUUAAGGAUGGCCACUAAAAAGCCAGCAACGAAAAAACCCAAAUCGUCUAAAGGGAAAGGAAAACCACCCUCGGCCCAGACAGAGGAAGAAAGUCCCUUUCUCAAGGGCUUGUUCGAAGACCAAUUACAAAGAGCUAUAGAGGAAAAUGAAAGCUUAAAGAAAGAGAACGAGGAAUUAAAGAAGCAGAAUGGACCGCUGAAGAGUCUGUCAUCUCCUACGGAAGAAAAUUUGAGUGAAAAAUAUAACAACCUACAGAAGCAAUAUGAUGAUUUAAAGAAACGUUUUGCCGAAAAAGACGGGAAAUGUCGAAAUGUCGAAGAAAGAGCUGCAAAGGAAAUUGAAAGCUUAAAGAAAGAGAACGAGGAAUUAAAGAAGCAGAAUGGACCGCCGAAGAGAGCACAUAAAGAAAUUGAAAACUUAAAGAAAGAGAACGAAGGAUUAAAGAAGCAGAGUGGAACGCCAAAGAGUGAGGAACAUAUUCAGGAGGGACAGAAGGCAGAGGAAAGAAAUAACGAAAAAGAAACAUUACAGGAAAAGAUAUGUCAGCUGGAAAAGCUUCUGAAGGAAAAGGAAGAACUCCUAAAAGAUGACAGACAGAACCAAGCAGAUAAGGAAAAUGAAAAACUCAAGAAGGAGAUUGAGGAACAACAAAAAAGAAUAAAAACAUUAGAAACAGAGAACGCAGAAUUAGAAUCUGAUUUUGAAAAAAGAAAAGAAGAAAGUAAAAAAGAGGACAAACUAAAGCAAGUUGACCAAACCCAGACAAAUGAAACACUGAAGACGGAGAAUAAGGAACAACAGAAAAGAAUAAAACUACUAGAAACAGAGAACACAGAAUUAAAAUCUGAUCUCGAAAAGAGAAAAGAACAAAGCAAAAAACAGAAGAACCAGCCACCUGAUGACAUAUCAGCAUUAAGACAAGAGAACGAAUCUCUGAAAAACAGGCUAAGUCAGUUGGCGGGUGCCAAAUUAACAGAGGGAAACCCUAACAUUGCUGAUCUCAGCGACAAAAACAGGCCGAUUAAUUUGGCAGAAAAAUUCUCAGAGCUUUAUGACAAUGAAUGGACAGAUGCUUUAGAAGAGCAGAUGGAGAAUGGGAAAAAAAGCGAAGAGGAAGGAAUAGGUCUUCUCCUUGAUAUAGUUAAGAGGGCAUAUGAAUUUUCAAGCACACAGGCCAACACAUUUUACAACUCAAUGACAGAAGGAAUGAAGUCUCUUGGACUACCAGACGAAAAGGAAUGGCCACCGGGCGUGUCAAAAGAAAUGAAAGAUCACAGGAAAUCCAUUGCAGUGUUCGUUUCCGGCAGUAUAAGUAAGAAAUUCUUAAGGGAGGAAAAUGCAUUCGAAAAAGCAACGUCAAAGUACGCCGAAACUUGUGCAAGUCUUUGCUGGUUCAUGUGUGUCCAAGAUCCACCAGUUUACGUGGACCCUACUAUGCCAAAAGGGAACUUUAACUCGGACAAAUACCGAGGAUACACGAAGACUGGAAACGAGUAUAAAUACCUCGUGUGGCCCCCACUGUAUCUACAUAAAGGUGGCCCUAUGCUUGGAAAAGGCGUGGCCCAAGGAAAAUAAAGCAAUGCUACAUAUCAGCUCAGGAUUUAUCUAAAACUUCAAAAUUGAAAAAUGCUAAAAUAUAUUGACUCAAAAUGGUGUUAAUGUCCAAAUAAGUAGUUUCAUCUAUUUCGAUUUUCUCCCCGCGCUAUCUGUUGGAGCAGGAAACAAAUAUUGACCGAGUCAUUAGCCUCUAUACGACAACUUACGGAAUAUUGUUACAAAGGAAGGGGAGUUGAUCGAAACUAACAUUGUUCAAAAUAGCACUUUUCUCUAAAUUGCUUAAUGGAAACCCAGUAGGCCCAUUUGACUUUAAAUAAAUCACAGCAACCUUAAAAACUAUUGGUCGUUCUAGCUUUAUAUUGAAUGUUAACCAUGUACACAACUUCCAUUUAGUUGAAUAAACAUGUACUUCUUCGGGGAUGAAUGUUGUGAUCAUGUUCAUUCUAGUGCAUUCUGUGGGAAUAGCCAAAGAUAAUUACAGGUGCGCUUUUCAUUACUACUCAGUAAGAAUUUUGUAGAUUUGAAAUGUUCGUGAAUUAAAAUUCAGAUGAAAUAUUGCUGUCAUUUAAUUAAUAUGAAAGUAAUUUCUACUCAUUUUUUACGAUAAAAAGCGUUUUAUAAAAGAUCGUACACUGUCCCCACUUCUUAUAUGGAAUGAGUGGAAAUUACAUUCAUUUCUUAAAAGUCAAUUUAGUAAAACGUAUUUGAUGAAUGAUUAUAAAGAAAUUAUGAUUGGGCUGAUGUGGGGCUACUCGGGCUGAUAUGACAUAUAAUAUGAAAUUUGGCAUGUGUAUUCUCUAUUUAUCAUAUACUUGGAAUGAUAAUUAUACCGAUUCUACACUUUGCGAUAUGGAUGACGUCACAAUAGCCAAUAUCAACGACCGAUCCGAUUUUCGGAUCGGCGUUCAAAAAUGCUCUCGGGUUGAUAUAGAACGACGCAGGCUGAUACAACAUAUAUAUUAGCAUGUAAUAUUCUUUGUAUGUGACGCGGAGCAAUAUUUCCGUAGCAACAAAAUAGAAACAGAGGAGCCUAACGUCUGUUAAUGUCAUUCCUGGACGUCAUAUGGCGCGACUUAACGGUAAUUUAAUUUGGUUUAUUCAAUAUAAACAUGUAAAGAAUGGAUUCUUCUCAUUUUAACUGUACGCUUUUUGAAUAUUUUUUUUAUGCAACAACUAUUCCUUUGGCACAGAUAAGUAGGUUUUGCGAUUCUUAUGUGUUUGUCAGGGUCAUUUCAAGAUCGCACUCUUAAUACCCAAGAAUCUUUGAAAUUCCAUUAGAGCAGAUAUAUAUUAUGUAUAUGCUUUUGAUUCCUUUCAAAUUUUGUCGAAAUUUGCAGCAUAAUCACUAUGUAUGAACACAUUUCUGGCUGUUUGUCUAGCAGAAUUAAUGAACAUGGGCAAAUAGGUAGACUCUGAUAACUCUAGAUUUUAGCACAUUGAUUGUUAUUUAUGUUAUACUUCUACAACUUAUAUUUGGUAAAUCUUUAUAAAGUAACUCUGGCUUAAUGAUAUAAAAAUGAUACGAAAUCAAGUAAAUGAUAUGAAAUCAAGUAAAUUAUAUGAAAUAAAGGUGGGGUAUCGUAUUAUAUAAGAGAAAAUGAUUUUCUCAAUUUUUACCUCAAGUAAAUAUUAGGAGUUAAAAUGGCCUCGAGGUUCCCAAGCUCUACAACGACUACAAACAGAUGAUGAUAAAUAUAAUGUACCUCUGACCAGUGUUAUUUAUUAUGUACAUAUAUUGUUACUGUUCCUCAUGUACCAUUGAUGGUUUGAGAGAAUAUUAUGUACAGAUAUUGUUACUGUUCCUCGUGUACCAUUAAUGGUUUGAGAGAAUAUUAUGUACAGAUAUUGUUACUGUUCCUCAUGUACCAUUAAUGGUUUGAGAGAAUAAAUUGAACUAAAACAUG